GGCUGUGAUGCUGGCAGCAGCAACACUGUGAAAUAAACUACAAUCUCAUUAGGAGAAGCCAGCAGAUACGCCAGAGCCAUCAAAAUGUCUAAAAGCAAAAGCUCUGAAUCCGUUAAGGUAGUGGUGCGUUGUCGCCCCAUGAAUGAGAAAGAGCGAGCCGCCAAUUUCCAGAGGGUGGUCUCAGUGGAUGUGAAGUUUGGGCAAGUGGCUGUGCGCAACUCUCGAGGUGCGUCCUCCCAUGAGCACCCGAAAGUGUUCACCUUUGAUUCCGUCUAUGACUGGAAUUCAAAGCAGAUGGAGCUCUACGAUGAGACUUUCCGGCCAUUGGUGGACUCUGUACUGUUUGGCUUCAAUGGGACCAUCUUUGCAUACGGCCAGACGGGCACCGGAAAGACUUUCACGAUGGAAGGGGUACGAAACGACCCCGACA